AAUAACAUACACAGUUCAAGGUGGCCAACACAGCUACUGUACCGCCGUGUUUCGUUAGUUUUUUUUAGAAGCAGAACCACGAUCGACAUAUGGCUGAUAAAAUGGACGGGGAAGUACCUGAUGUGAUACGAGUAGGCUCUCGUAAAAGUGAGCUUGCAUUAAUCCAAACCAACGCUGUGAUCGAAAGACUUCAGAAGAUAAACCCUGACCAGGAAUUUGAAGUCAUUACCAUGGAAACAAUCGGAGACACAAUUCAAGACAAGCCGUUAUCGAGCAUCGGUAUAACAAGCCUGUUUACUAAGGAACUAGAGAAGGAGCUAGCAGCUGAUAAGAUUGAUAUGAUCGUCCAUUCAUUGAAGGAUUUACCAUCAGUGCUACCCGAUGGAAUGGUCAUCACCACAGUGUGCAAGAGAGACGACCCCCAUGAUGCAUUAGUACUGAGUGCAAAGCAUUCUGGGAGAACGUUGGAGACUCUACCACCAGGCAGUGUAGUUGGUACGAGUUCUGUCCGUCGUAUAGCCCAACUGAAGAGGAAGUGUCCACAUUUGGAGUUCAAAGAUGUUCGUGGAAAUCUUAAUACAAGGUUACGUAAGCUAGAUACAGGCACCGACUACGCGUGUUUAAUCUUAGCUGCUGCUGGCUUACAUAGAAUGGCUUGGGAACAUAGAAUUAGCCAGAUUUUAAAGCCAGAUAUCUGCAUGUACUCACCAUGUCAGGGAGCCAUGGCUGUUGAAACCAAGUCCAGCAACAAGCAACUCAUCCAGUUCUUAUCCAAACUACAUGACCCUUCUACGCUGCUCCAGUGUGUCUGUGAGAGGGCGCUCCUCAAGACACUCCAGGGGGGUUGUAGUGCACCGGUAGCCUGCCAUUCACUGGUCACCGAUAGCGAGAUCAAAUUUACAGGAGCUGCAUUUAGUCUAGAUGGUUCUGAAUGUGUGGAGGAAACUCAGUCAGUGGACCUACUAGAGGAUGCAUUCUUGAAACAGGAGCAAGCAAAGCCUGAUGAAGAAUCUUUCAAGGAUUACUCCAGCAUUGUCGCUCCACACCUAUCCCACAAGGCCAUGCUAGCAGCUGAGAAUCUUGGGAGUCAGGUUGCCAGGGUAAUGCUUAAAAACGGAGCAGACAAGAUUCUGGAAGCAGCCAAGAAAGAAAUUGAAGAAAAGAGGAAAUGAGAUGCUCACGUGGCAGGGGACAGCCAGUUUUGUUUUUUCCAGUCGGGUGCUUUUUUGGGGGGCUUUGAGAAGCGGUAGUCUUGAUUGCGUUUGGAUACAGGGAGCUAGACAGAUGCUGUGGCAGGAUGAUAGAAAUCUCUUAGAUGUGUAGAUCAGGUAGUAGGAUGGGCUUCCAUGAGAUGUACCUUUUGAUACUAUUGUGUGUGGGAUGACCCUAGUACUGCAAAACUUCCACCUUUUAGAAAUAUAUAUAUAUUUUUUUUAUGUGCCUAUUCUACAAACCAAUUACCCGCCGACCCACCAGUAAAAUACUAGAACGAAAGUGUCCGAGACUACAAGUCUGAGUGAUGCUGUAUGACAACUAGGGCCGUGUUUCAUAGAGCUGCUUAAGCACAAAAAGUAGCUAAGCACAACAAAAUUAUGCUUAUCACGUGUACCACUUGUGACUGGUAAUGUAUUCUGCUAAAUUUUCUGCUUGAGCACCCUUUUGAAAAUGGGCCCUGCUGGCUAAAUUAUGUAUACGUAGAUGCACUAGGCAAGUUUUCUUGGGUUUAGUGAACUGGAUGAUUAAUUAAGUAAUAAGCCACAAGGGAGACUGCUUUUUUUGUCAUUAUUUUAUUGAGUAGCACUGACAUGCGUGAAUAAUAAGAAAGGGAAAUGUCUAAAACGUAAUGACUAUCUGAUUCAAGACCUUGCAUGUUUUUACAAAGAACCCCAAAGCAAAGCAAAACUCACUUUACGGUUACCAUAAAAUUUACACUGCACUCAUUUGUUGGUGGUUUGAAAGGAAUAUGCCUCUUUUAAUAAUGCAUGAGGUAGGUCACAAUGCUAACCCAAAACGAGGUGCAUCCACUGCAAGUGAUGGCGGACGAGCGCCCAUAGCCUCAUUUUGGGUAAAAUUAUGACGUCAUGAAUAAAUAUUUAGAGAGGCAUAUUGUUAAAAACAAAGGUUGUGAGAACGGCUGUGGUGCUGGGUUGUUGGUUCAAGUAAAAAAGUAUUUUGGCAUAAAAAUGGGAGUAAAAACUCCCCUCUCAGCUUCUCAGUUUCAUUAUAGUGUUUCAAUUUGCGACAAUUUCAGCUUGAAACCGUACUUUGUUUCCUCUAUUUCUGAAAAUGAGUUGAGCAGAAUUUUGAAAAAAUUUGUAUUUAGAAUAAGAUGCAUUUCCUCCAAUGAAUGCGCUCAAAUUUCACAAAUCUUGCAGAGCUCUCUCUGGAUAAGGAGUUGUUUUGAAAAUGUUUUUCUUAAAAAGUAGGUCUCUUUUUCUAGACAUAUUAUAUAUAUAUUGGAUGAUCUUUUUAUAGGUUUUGGUUUACAAAACCUGUUAUCCAGUCUUCAAAGUCAGAUAUGUUUGAUUUUAUGGGAAAGUACUGGACUUCUUGCCAGUGGUCCAGUGGGUAUUUAGAACCUUAAGGUGCUUUUGAAAUAGUACAAACAAAUCAUUAAAAUGAUUUAUUAUUUGUAUGUCAGGUUGUAUAAUAAUAAAAAUCUGUUCCAAAAGUCUA